AUGAAGUGGGCCGUUGUUGUGUGUGCCAUGGUGGCACUGUCCGAGUGCGUCAUCCAGGUCCCUCUGACGAAGGGUAAGUCAGCCAGGGAGAACCUGGAGGAGCAGGGUCUGUGGGACCAGUACAGACUCAAGUACCGAUACAACCCCUCAGCCAAGUUUAACCAGCGCUUUGCCGUGGGCACCGAGGGUAUGACCAACGAUGCUGAUCUGGCUUACUAUGGAAUCAUCUCCAUUGGAACUCCUCCUCAGUCCUUUAAGGUCAUCUUUGACAGCGGCUCGUCUAACCUGUGGGUGCCCUCCAUCUACUGCAACAGUCCAGCCUGCAACAACCAUAAGAAAUUUAACCCUGGCGCAAGCAGCACUUACAGAAACAACGGCGGAGCUCUGAGUAUCCAAUAUGGUACCGGCAGCAUGACUGGUUUUCUUGGAUAUGACACCGUGACGGUGGGUGGCCUCCCCGUGACAAACCAGAUCUUCGGCUUGAGCCAGAGUGAGGCUCCCUUCAUGCAGUACAUGCGUGCUGAUGGUAUCCUGGGCCUGGCAUACCCACGCCUGGCUGCUUCCGGCGCUACACCCGUCUUCGACAACAUGAUGAAAGAGGGCCUGGUCAACCAGGACCUCUUCUCUGUGUACCUGAGCUCUAACUCUCAGCAAGGCAGUGUGGUGACCUUCGGUGGCGUUGACCCCAACCAUUACUCUGGUGCCAUCUCCUGGAUUCCCCUCUCCAAUGAGCUGUACUGGCAGAUCACAGUGGACAGUGUUACUGUCAAUGGUCAGGUUGUGGCUUGCCAAGGUGGUUGCCAGGCCAUUGUGGACACCGGCACCUCUCUGAUUGUUGGACCUCAGAGCAGCAUCAGCAACAUCAACCAAAUGGUGGGAGCUACCAGCCAGAACGGAGACUAUAUGGUCAACUGCAACAGCAUUUCCCAAUUGCCAGAUGUGACCUUCCACAUCCACGGACAGGAAUUCACCAUCCCAGGCUCUGCCUACGUCCGUCAGUCUCAAUACUAUGGUUGCCGUACUGGCUUUGGCAAUGGAGGAGACAGCCUGUGGAUCCUGGGUGACGUCUUCAUCAGACAGUACUACUCCAUCUUCGACAGAGCUCAGAAUAUGGUGGGUCUGGCCAAGGCUAGAUAAGCAACCUGAAGUCACCUUUCCCAUGUGCCUUGAA